ACAAGAAGUCACGAUAAUUAGCUGUUUCACUUUUCUGAAUCGAGGAAGGAAGGGCAGAGGCCUCCUGGAGCUGCAAGGCCACAUAGUAGGACAGAUUCAGGAAGACCCUGGCGGUCUCAGGUACCUCCUUCCGGCUCUACCUGAGCGGGCUUCCUGGGGACAAAGGCGAAGGCCCUCGCCUGAGGCACCAGGGCCCAGCACUCAGCACGUGCUCGAUGAAUGUCUGUCACACUAGACUGCUCACCUGUUAGGUGCCCAGUUCUGGGUAGCACUGGCUGGGCUUUGAAGGCGACGCAGAAGACACAGAGGCAGAAGAAGGGAGCCAUUAAACCGACCAGUGAAUCUGGGAUUCGGCAGAGCCAGUUACUAAAAGAGCCGUCAGCCCUCAUCCUCCUGCCGCAGCCCUGCCAGUCUCGGCCCCAUGCCCCCGCCAGUCAGCCCCGGGCCACAGGCAGUGAGUUGACACGUGGGAGCCAAGGCCCUGUGACCAGGCCAAGGAGACAAGGGCUCCGGGGUCCCAGCCACUUGUCCGCCCCCCAUGGAGCUGAGGCCCUGGUUGCUAUGGGUGGUAGCAGCAGUGGGACCGUUGGUCCUGCUGGCAGCUGAUGCCCAUGGCCAGAAGGUCUUCACCAACACCUGGGCUGUGCACAUCCCUGGAGGCCCGGCUGUGGCUGACCGCGUGGCACGCAAACAUGGCUUCCUCAACCAGGGCCAGAUCUUCGGCGACUAUUACCACUUCUGGCAUCGAGCUGUGACAAAGCGGUCCCUGUCGCCUCACCGCCUGCGGCACAGCCGUUUACAGAGGGAGCCCCAAGUACUGUGGCUGGAGCAGCAGGUGGCAAAGCGACGGAUCAAACGGGACGUGUACCAGGAGCCCACGGACCCCAAGUUUCCCCAGCAGUGGUACCUGUCUCUCCCUAGCCCUCCCGCUAAGCCUGGGGGUGCCCUCCCAGAGUCCUUUCCACUUCCACCGAGCCCAGACAACAGUGGUGGCAUGUUAGCAGCAGGGUCUGGUGUCACCCAGCGGGACCUGAACGUGAAGGAGGCCUGGGCCCAGGGCUACACGGGGCGCGGCAUUGUGGUCUCCAUCCUGGACGACGGCAUUGAGAAGAACCACCCGGACUUGGCAGGCAAUUAUGACCCUGGGGCCAGUUUCGAUGUCAAUGACCAGGACCCCGACCCACAGCCUCGGUACACACAGAUGAAUGACAACAGGCAUGGCACACGGUGUGCGGGCGAGGUGGCCGCGGUGGCCAACAACGGCGUCUGUGGCGUGGGUGUGGCCUAUAACGCCCACAUUGGAGGGGUGCGCAUGCUGGACGGUGAGGUGACAGAUGCAGUGGAGGCACGCUCGCUGGGCCUGAACCCCAACCACAUCCACAUCUACAGCGCCAGUUGGGGCCCCGAGGAUGACGGCAAGACCGUGGAUGGGCCAGCCCGCCUUGCUGAGGAGGCCUUCUUCCGGGGGGUCAGCCAGGGCCGUGGGGGGCUGGGCUCCAUCUUUGUCUGGGCCUCGGGGAACGGGGGCCGGGAACAUGACAGCUGCAACUGCGACGGCUACACCAACAGCAUCUACACGCUGUCCAUCAGCAGCGCCACGCAGUUCGGUAACGUGCCCUGGUACAGCGAGGCCUGCUCGUCCACACUGGCCACGACCUACAGCAGCGGCAACCAGAAUGAGAAGCAGAUCGUGACCACUGAUUUGCGGCAGAAGUGUACGGAGUCGCACACGGGCACCUCGGCCUCUGCCCCGCUGGCAGCUGGCAUCAUCGCUCUCACCUUGGAGGCCAAUAGGAACCUCACCUGGCGGGACAUGCAGCACCUGGUGGUACAGACCUCAAAGCCAGCACACCUCAAUGCUAACGACUGGGCCACCAAUGGUGUGGGCCGGAAAGUGAGCCACUCGUAUGGCUACGGGUUGUUGGACGCGGGUGCCAUGGUGGCCCUGGCCCAGAACUGGACGACAGUGGCCCCCCAGCGGAAGUGCGUCGUUGACAUCCUGGCUGAGCCCAAGGACAUCGGGAAGCGGCUGGAGGUGCGGAAGACUGUGAGCGCCUGCCUGGGGGAGCCCAGCCACAUCACGCGGCUGGAGCACGCUCAGGCGCGCCUCACCCUGUCCUACAAUCGCCGUGGCGACUUGGCCAUCCACCUCGUCAGCCCCAUGGGUACCCGUUCCACCCUGCUGGCCGCCAGGCCACACGACUACUCCGCAGAUGGGUUUAAUGACUGGGCCUUCAUGACAACCCAUUCCUGGGACGAGGACCCCUCUGGCGAGUGGGUCCUGGAGAUUGAAAACACCAGCGAAGCCAACAACUACGGGACGCUGACCAAGUUCACCCUUGUGCUGUACGGCACGGCCCCUGAGGGGCUGCCCGCGCCCCCUGAGAGCAGUGGCUGCAAGACUCUCACAUCCAGCCAGGCCUGUGUGGUGUGCGAGGAAGGCUUCUCCCUGCACCAGAAGAGCUGUGUCCAGCACUGCCCGCCAGGCUUUGCUCCCCAAGUCCUCGACACACACUACAGCACCGAGAAUGAUGUGGAGACCAUCCGCGCCAGCGUCUGUGCCCCCUGCCACCCUUUGUGUGCCACCUGCCGGGGCCCAGCCCCCACAGACUGCCUCAGUUGUCCCAGCCAUGCCUCCCUGGACCCUGUGGAGCAGACAUGCUCCCGGCAAAGCCAGAGCAGCCGAGAGUCACCACAGCGGCCGCCCCGGCCACCCCUGGGGGGGGAGGCGGAGCCGCGACCUCGGGCAGGGCUGCUGCCUUCACACCUGCCUGAGGUGGUGGCCGGCCUCAGCUGCGCCUUCAUCGUCCUGGUCUUCGUCACCGUCUUCCUGGUCCUACAGCUGCGUUCAGGCUUCAGCUUCCGGGGGGUGAAGGUGUACACCAUGGACCGUGGCCUCAUCUCCUACAAGGGGCUGCCCCCCGAGGCCUGGCAAGAGUGCCCGUCCGACUCAGAGGAAGAUGAGGGCCGGGGCGAGAGGACCGCCUUUAUCAGAGACCAGAGUGUCCUCUGACGAGCGCCUGUGGCUGCCCCUUCAAGCCCCCCCUCCUUGGGCACUUUUUAAUUCACCAAAGUAUUUUUUUAUCUUGGGACUGGGUUUAGACCCCAGCUGGGAGGCAGGAGGGGCAGAGACAGCUUCCCACCCUACUCUUGGGCCUCCUGGCUGCCUGAGGUGGGGCCCCAGGACCAGCUGGGGGACAGGGGAGGGCCUCACCCCUCCCCAGUACCCCCUCCAUGUGGAAAAAGGAGUGAAACCUUCAGGGCAGCUUUCUAGGGUCAUCCGGACCCCAGCCAGAGUUCCUUGCAGAGUGAAGAGGGGCAGCCCUUUUGGGAUUCCUGGCUCGGCUGCAGCUCUGGCCCCUUCCCUGUCCCUCUAAAGCAAUAACGGUCCCCAUCCAGGCAGCAGGGAGGCUGGCCUAGGGGGUAUGUGAAGGAGGAGGCCACCUCUCCAAGGGCUUGUGCAUCCCUGACCCGGAACCCCACCUCUGGUGACCCUCAGGCAGAAGCAGUGAUGGAAGGAAGGGACCAAGGCCAGGCAGGUGCUUCCAGGGUGCGCGUGUGACACAUGUAUGUGUGUGUGUCCCUUUCACUACAGCUGGUUGCCCGCUGAGCGAGGCUGGCCCAGGUGAGCCCCACGCUGGUGUCCUGACCGUCCUCCCCUCCCGCCAGGGCCCAAGUCCCUGUUUUCUGAGCCCGGGGCUGCCUGGGCUGUUGGCACUCAGUCCUGGAGCCCCUGGGUGGGUGGUGGGGAGGGACGGUGGCCCAGCCGGCCUCUCCGCCUCCAACCCGAUGCUGCUUUCCCCUGUGGGGAUCUCAGGGGCUGUUUGAGGAUAUAUUUUCACUUGGUGAUUAUUUCACUUAAGAUGCUGAUUUUUUUUUCUUUUUUUUUUCUUUGUUUUUUUUGUUUUUUUUGUAUUUUUCACGGGGGUAGCAGCUGGACCACCCACCUUCACACACCCACUGUCCACCCUGCUGUUCCCCCAGCUGCCCUGGCCCUGAGGUGUGGGGGGUUACAACAUGUUGCUGGGGAGUGAGGAGAAACUGAGCCCCAAGUUCUGAUGAGGCAGGCCAGUUAGGCCCUAGGAAAGGGGGAUUGCUGUGGGAGAGGCGAGCGGUUGUCCGUGUUUCAGAUGGGGCUCGUGCCAAGGGCUCAUGGGUCACUGGUUCUCCGAGUGCCAGGGGUGGGCAGGCGGUGGCACUCUGCCCCCUCCAACACUGUGCCCUGGCGGAGAAAGCACUGACCUGCCCUGCCUCCCAAGUUCCCCUCUUCUGACGUGCCUUUUGCACCCCUCCCAUUAGGACAAUCAGUCCCCUUCUGUUUGGGAGCCCCCUUUCCUUUCUCUCCCCGAGCUCCUCCUGGCACCCACUCACCUGCCCCGGGGUGCGCUCUCACCCCCACCUCCUUGUGGCCAGCCCGGCUGGUUUUGUAAGAUACUGGGUUGGUGCACAGUGAUUUUUUUCUUGUAAUUUAAACAGGCCCAGCAUUGUUGGCUCUAUUUAAUGGACACGAGAUGAUGUUAGAGGUUUUAAAGUGAUUAAACAUGCAGACUAUGCAAACCA